UUCCCAUACACACGGCAGUGGUUGUACUAUUCUGGUUUGACGAGGAAUAUUUUGUAUUUAUUAUGGAGUAAUAAAGCAUUCUGAUUAGUAGCUGAACUUCUCACACACAUAGGCAUUUGUAAGAAAGGAAAAGAAAACACAAAUUAAGAAUUGAUGGUAACAUCUGAAUAUCAAGACUUUCAUUUUUAGAUGAGAGGGUCACUUCUUCAAGCGUAUCCAGCCCGAUUGAUCAUGAUGAAGAGCCAACCCCAACUGAUCGUGAAGCUAGGCCAGAGCUCGCGAUGGAAGAAGGGCUCAAUGCAGGACAUGAGAGCAUUGCAAACGAUAUCCAUGCAACUUUCGUCAAAUAUGUGAAGUCUAAUUAUUGGGAUAAAGCGAUCCAGUUUCUUCGCGACCAUCCCCAGGUAGGAAGUGAAAGAAUUUCAAGUGGCGGUACAGCUCUUCGCUACGCAGUCCGGCCGCUUAACAACUGCAGCGUGCGCAAUAUAGAACAGUUGGUGGAGUUAAUGGCAAAGGAAGACUUGGAAAUUCAAGACACAUUCGGUUCCACAGCUCUGAAUCUUGUAAUAACAUUUCGUCAAAACAGGGUUGAAGUAGCCAAACGCAUGGUUGAAAAGAAUGACAAAUUACUUAGUAUUUUACCUGCCGACACGACGCCUCUAGUUGUCUUCGCUCCGAGUUUGUCAAUUGGGGAAAGAAUGGAGCGUUAUCUCUAUUCUGUCACUCCACGCAAAACACUGCACGUUACCGAUGCCUCUCAAUUCAUUUCUCUCGGCUUUCGUUACAAACGAUUUGGUAAGAGAGGGAAUCGACUGAGUUUCAAACAUGACCAAUUAUUAAUGUCGACGCCCUAGCUAUAUCUUCUUUUG